CGUUAUUUAUUCAGUGCCUGGCCAAUUCGUUCAUCUUCACUCCUCAGUUGUUGUGUGAAAUAACGGGAAAAAUAUCUGUUAAAUCGCUUAUUUUCAGUUAAUUAUUGAUAACCAACGUUGUCUGCAUCUUUGAAAUUCAGUGAAGUGUUGAUUUAGCUCGAAAAAUUAUGGCAGACGACGAUUUUGAUGGAGACGAGGUAGCAGACGAAUUCGAUGAUGCAGAUGAAGACGAUAACAUCGAGUUGGAGCAGCAGGAAGAAGAGGGUGACAAUUUCGAGUUACUCCAGACCGGGGAAGGAACUGCCGGUGUUCAAAAAUCCAAGAGGAUAACCACCAGAUACAUGACAAAGUAUGAAAGAGCUAGAGUUCUUGGUACACGGGCCCUGCAAAUUGCCAUGUGUGCACCAGUUAUGGUUGAGCUCGAGGGGGAGACGGAUCCCCUGCAAAUCGCUAUGAAGGAAUUGAAACAAAGAAAAAUUCCAAUUGUCAUUAGGAGGUAUCUGCCAGACCACAGCUACGAGGACUGGGGGAUUGAUGAGCUCAUUAUCACCGAUCAUUGAAUAUUUUUCAUCUUCAGAAAAUAUUUCUUCGUAAUGAAAAAUCACUCCAAUUGCUUCAAAAACUCCAACUGAAUUAUUCAUCAGUAAUUGAAAAUUUUUAAUACGAAAGAAUAAUUUGACAUAAAAAUAGGAUUUUUCUCUUCAUAAAUUCACUUAUUAUAAGAUUAAUUAAUUUGUAAAUAAAUUUUAGCAGUUAAAAAA